CGGAUCCAAUCCCCGAUCCAUCCAUCUCUCAGGGACUCCAACAUCCACUCGCGCGAUCGGCCUUCCUUCACAGCCUCGCCUUUGCGCUACACCUUUUUUUUUUUUUUGCGACCGAGGACAUCGCAUACAGACUAUACCCGUACGGAUUGACUAUUCGUCGCAGAUACACCCCGUCGUUAUCAUUGCAACUUGUAUCUUUCGCUAGACACCCCUUUUCGUCAAAAUGCAUGAGCAUGAAAUGUCCUACAUGGGCCCUCGGGCCUUCAGUCACGAUCAGAGCCAAGAUGCAGAGGCCGAAUACGACCGUCUACGCAACCUAGCCCGACAAGAAGCUUCAAAGCGCAACUCAUGUUUCCAACGGUCCCAGGAAGCCUACUCCAGCGGCGAUGGCGCCAAGGCCAAAGAGCUCUCCGAACAAGGCAAAGCCCACGGUCGCAAGAUGGAAGAAUACAACAAGCAAGCGUCGGAGUUCAUCUUCCGUGAGAACAACGCCAACGGGCGCGUUGCGGCAGACACCAUCGAUCUGCACGGACAAUUUGUCGAAGAGGCAGAGGAGAUCCUAGAGGAGAGGAUCAAGUAUGCGAAAGCGCACGGUCAGGAUCAUCUCCAUGUGAUCGUCGGCAAAGGAAACCACUCGGCCAACCAUAUCCAGAAAAUCAAGCCCCGAGUAGAGCAAGUCUGUCAGGAACUUGGUCUUCAGUACGCGACUGAGGAAAACGCUGGGCGCAUUUAUGUGAAUCUGACUGGUGGACCGGCGGAUAUGGAGACUGCCCCUACGCCCAAUCAUCCUCACUAUCAGCAAUACCCUCAGCAGCAGCAGCAUUCGUCGGGCACCUAUGCUCACCCGCAUCAACAGCAACAGCAGCAGUAUUCUGGUUCUCAGCAGCAACAGCAGCAACAACAGGGUGCGGGUAAUCAAGAUGAGAUCGAGCAGGUGGUCAAUGCGGUUCUGCCUAAGAUCCUUAAUAAGCUGGAGAAGGCUUGCUGUGUGGUCAUGUGAAGAGAGAUUCGCGUUUGGAUACAUAACAAUCCUUGGCAAAAGAGUAACUUUUUGGCCUAUAUAUGAUACGAUCUGAUGUGUGAUUGGUAUAGACAGAGAAGGGUGCGUGGGCAGACACGACCGAUCAUUGGACUUCUCGCGCAAUUGGGCAUUUGGCGGAAGACAACAUAUACCCCGGGGCUGUGUAUUGGAUUUGGUACUAUCUAGACGGUGAUUAACAUGUUCUGGUUUCUUUUUGU